AAUGUGUUCGUUUUGUACGAUUGUCAUAAAAUCGUGGAGAAAUAGCGCAAAAAAUAUUUAAAAUUAAUUAUAAUAACGUGAUAAACUAAACUGUUGCGAAUAGUUUUUAAUUUUAGAGUUUUUUGUAGUGACACAUUUUUUACUGUUGACCCAUAUUGUGAAAUGAUGUCAAGGUAUUUCUGAAAACAUGCAACCUGCCAAAAAACCGAUUAAAAAAACUACAAGCAAAGACAAACUGCAAGAAGAAAAAUUAAAGACACAAGACGAAAAACUAAAGAAAACCACUUACAAUGUUUCGACUCCACGGAACUUCGUACAAAAGACCUCUACCGCUGAUAUUUAUAAGACUCCUAAAAAAAUUGCAGGGUCUUCAAAAGACUAUAAAAAAUCACUAAUGAAAGACUAUUUAAAAUCCUCACCAUCGUCUAUAAGUCAAAUUAGUAGUUCAAGCAAAAUUAGUACUAGAACUAGUAAUAGUACAAGUAAAGUUAGUAGUAGACCUAGAAUCAAUGAAGCAAGUAAUAGUACUAGCAAAGCUAAAACAAGUAAUAGUACUAUUAGUACUAGCAAUGUAAGAGCUAGAACGGCUAAGGAUCUACCAUUUGUGAAUGUUACUGUUAAUUCUCCUAUAGCUAAGAGGAAAUUAGAUUUAAAUAUAGAUAACGAUAAACCUAUAGAUAAAAAUAAGUCUAAAGGUGAUAAUACAAAAGUAAAAGUUGAUAAAGAUGUUAAAGAUAUUAAAACAAAUGGAAAAGAUAACGGAGAAAGAAUUAGAACAAAAACGAGGACUUUAGAUGAAGAUGAAGUGAAAGAAUUGACACCUGAUAGAAUAGAUAAUAAUGAAGAAAUGAUAAAUUUGAAGCAGAAGUUGGUGGCGAGACCGAAAGCGUUUUAUGUGGGGCUCGACGAAGAUAGGGAUAAGGCUCCAAUCAAAAGCGACGAAGAAGUAAGUUACGAGGAUGACUUCGAAAGCUAUGAAUCUGACUUCGACUCUUACCACAGCGAGAAUAGCCAAGAAAGUUCUGAACAUAAGACUGAAGGUGGGAGAGAGAUAGAGGUCGAUGGAGACGAGACUGAAGGUGGGAGAGAGACGGAGGUUGGAGAGGACGCGGGAGAGAGAGAAAAGGAAAAGGAUGAGGAGAAUAUGCUGGAUUCAGGGAGCUUCGACCUUCGCGAGCAGCGCUCAGCCAAAUCCAAGCCGGCAGCCAUGGAAUUCAUCCCGGAGACAGAAGAAGACAAGGCCAGUUCUCUGGACGAGGGUUUCCAGGACAGCUCCAGUGCUGUGUCCAGCAUGAGGACGGUGGAGGUGCUGGAGAGACCCCUAUUCAUAGAUUUCAACAAAUCAAAAGAGAAGAAACGCAAGAAACGCAUAGUCGAAAACAUGUUGCGUCGAGCAAAAGACAUAUUGAGCAUGGUAACACUGCACGAAAUGUCAUUCACGCUCUUCGAAAUGAAGCCUAUAUCCUACGACUUGUAUAUGGCAACAUUCGGCCGAACGAAUUAUACGCAAAGUACAGUUCAAACUUUUGAUGAUGGUAUCACUGAGGAGAUUCAAACUGAUGAUAUUGAUAUGGAGAAUAAAUGGACACAGCAUCCUGUAAAAUUUUCUAAAGCAGAUGUGUACUUAAAUGAUCACAAUUUGAAGAAAAAUAAAAGGAAUAGCGAUGAUUAUACGUCGAAAUUUAAGUUUUUAUUCGAAGAUCGUGGGACCAACGAUGUAGAUGCUUUCAAAGAAUACAAAGAGAAUGAAUUAAGGAUUUUACUUGAGCAAAAAAGUGGGGUUGGUAGUUGUGAUAUGUUGCCAUAUGAAAUAUAUAAAAGUAAAUUAAAUGAUGAUUUUAAUACGAACGCAUUGGGAAGGUUUUUGAAGAAGGUCGAAAGGAAAGUCAGCCAUGUUUUAAAUUUAAAUGGCACCGUAUCUGACAAUGUAACAAAAUCAAACUUACCGUUUAGCUCUGGAUAUGUCGGUAUAACAACAAAGAAAGUCUCUGAAGAGAAGUCUUUUCUAAAACAAGCAAAAAUUACAAGUUUAAUAUUUUCUGAGGAUAAAAGCAAUUCAAUUUUGACGGUGCAUAAGAAAGUUACUAAUGGAGUUUUGGCGGGGAAAAGUCUAGUUUGUCUAUGGGACGCUGGUGUUGCCAGGAGUGAGCCGAUAAAAAUUUUGGUUGCCAUAGAUGAUGUGGUUUUGGGAAGAUUUAGAGGAAAUACUGAUGGAUUACUAGUGGCCGCUUUAGAAGAUAGUUCCUUGCAUCUUUGGGACUUGUCUGAACAACCGACAUGGCGGGACGAUGUUGCCAGCUCAACAAAAGAUGAAAUAGUCCAAAUAAAUACGGAAUUAUUGACCGCAGCGGAAAUUGAUCGAGAAUUUAAUAAGAAGAAUAUCAAUGUUAAUGAACAGCGCCCACAGAUACAUCACGCGUUACAAGCGUGCGCGUACACGAGCAGUGCUGCCAACUUGGGGAACGAAGAGGUCAUUGACCGCACGGUGGGCUUGGAGUUCCUCAGAGCGACGCAAGCGCAAGACAACGGGAGGAGAGUUGUAGGACAGGUCUGUUCAUUACAACGACUGGGAAUCCUAAUAAUAUGGACGAUAAUUCAAGAAAAAUCCAAAACUCACGACUUAGGCAAAGCUUUCUGGUCCAAAAUGAAACUAGAAAAAACUCAAACCAUAUCUAUAGCCAAACUUCUAAGCACUAAAGACAUAAGCGAUAAUGCUUUCAAUUUAAAUGCCGGCAAAAAGAGGUUAUUAAAAAGAAAACAAGACAAAAUACUGGCCAGAAAUUUUACGCGCCAAAAAUCGGCAGAGAGUGACAUUGACAGACCGCGCAGUGUUGCCAGUGCAAGAAAAUUGCCAGUCGAAAAUAAAUUACCCCACGAUUGGGAGAGUGGGAUUGUGUGUGGCGAUUUGAAAAUAGUGCAGUACAAUAAUAGUGAUAGGUUUUUGGUGGCCAAGAAUAAUGGUGAGGUUUUGAGUUGUACGAAGAGUUUGGGCGCUGUGAAGAUUGAGAGGCUGUGUGUUUCUACGGACACCUCUUCCAUAACUUGUCUGGAGGUUUCACCCCAUGGACCCUAUUUCCUCGCUGCAUCAGACGCUGGAACCAUCAGUCUAUACUCUCUGGUGGAGGCCAGAGUGCUGCUUACUCUUGACUGCCGCAACAGCUCCCCGCAAGAAUUAUCGGGCCCUCAAGCGGACUUCAAGGGAAGGUUCGUCGAUAAACCACAAAGUCACAGACAUAGCGCCGGUGACAUCAAUUUAACUAGCAGGCUAUCCGUGACGUCAGUCCUCUGGUCUCGCAUCAAUCCGUUCUGUAUCUUCUUCGUCUCACAAGAAGGGCUUUCCUGCUGGGAGCUCACUCACAGCGAUAUAUACCCUAAACACACUGGAGUAAAGUCCACAAUCACCUGCAUGUCCAGCGAUGGAACAUUAGCACUGGUGACCAACGAGGGUGACGUACAAGUACAUCGGCUGUCCAACACCAAAGACAAAGCUAUAGACUAUUCGAAUCUAUUCCACAAAUACAUAGCACUCUUAUAGACCAUAGACCAUCAGUCAUAUGUAAUUUUAUUUCGAAGCACGAAUUUGUCUAUAUGUAUAGAUAUCUUGAUCAUUUAAUUAAAACUAAGCCUGUUUCAAUGAAACAUUUAAUAAAUAAGAUCAUAAAAAUUAUAAAGAAUGUUCACGCAAAACUUUUUGAAAUUUUUUUUACACACAGUCAUGUUUUAAUUAUAUGAUUGUUAAGAAUCUGUUUUUUUUUAUCUAAGAUGAUUGUAAUAUUUGUAAUAUUAUAUUGUCUAUCUUAGAUUACAGCAAUGAGAUUGU